GAUUCCCGUGGCAGUCGGAGCGCAUUCGCUGAGUCGGGUGGUGUAGGUGAUAUUUCUCUCUCUCUUUCUUCCCCCCCACCCGGAGCGGUUUGGCUACCGAUGGCUCUGAGCAGACUGACAUUCCCUCAGCUGGCACUGGCUGUGGUGCUGGGGGUGGCGGGCGGCUUGUACGUGUACAAGCCCAUCUACCAGCGGUAUAGCCUGGAGCAGCGCAAGGCCCGGGAGGCGGCAGUGGGCUGCCCGGCCCCUGAGUCUCAGCGGCCCCAAUAAUCCAUCCGAGAGCUGAGGCUGCGGCCCGGACAGGACAGCAAGAGGAGAGCGGGAGGUCAGGGUCAAAUAUUAAAGUGUCUGUGAAGCCAGGAAUACUUUCAGGAAUAUCUGUUUAUAUUGAAAUUUUUAAUUCAGUAACAAUAUGCGAGUCUCUUUAAUGACACUCAUCUCUGAGACAGAAACUUGUGGGUUCAAAUCCCACUCCCAAGACUUGAACAUAGAAUCAAGGCUGACAGCUCAGAGCAGUACUGAGGGGGUGCUGGACUGUCGGUGCUGUCUUUCAGAUGAAACGUCAAGUCGUGGGUGGAUGUAAAACCUAUCGGAAGAAGAGCAAGGCAGUCCUGCUGUUGUCUUGGACAAUGUUUAUUCCUCUGCCAACAUCUAAAGCAGAUUGUCUGGUCUUUAUCACAUUGUGGGAGCUUUCUGUGCAUAAAUUAGCAGCCAUUUUUCCUUCAACAGUGGCUACACUUCAAAAGUACUUCAUUGUCUAUAAAACACUUUGGGGCAUCCUGAGAUUGUGAAAAGUGCUAAAUGAAUGCAAUUCUUUAAAAAGCCCUCGAGGUAGUAGUAACACUGGAGCUUGCUAAAAUGAUCCAGGGUUUAUCAAAAUAGGAUAUUUUUAUAACUGAGUUAUGUCUUGUUUUGAGACCUAAUUGGGCCGUGGGAGACUAAAGCUUAAGAUUGGUGAUGAUUUGAUUCAUUGCACAUGGUCAGGUUGGAUUUCAGUUAAGGAGAGAUUUGAUUGGACACUGGUUCUGCCUCAGCAUCUUGCAAACGCAUCAGCCAACUUGAGAGAAAAAAAUCUCAAUCAGGCGAUGGCGGAGGUGGUAUUGGGGGACAUGCCUGCACAAUGACAGAUAAUACUAUAAUUUAAGUCCUUCUGUGAUGGGUGAACCCUUCAGAAUAAAAUUUAAGGACUGCCUUGGUGAUGUGACAUACUGUGCAGAAGUUGAUAAGAGAAUCUUGUAACUGUUGGGGUUAAAGCCUCUAGUCUUUCUCUAAGUGGCUGUGGAAGGGGAGAGGGAAAGAAGCGUGUGAAAUGAGAUACUUCCAUUAUUAAAUACCAGGAAGUUGGUGUAAAGUAUCUCAAUUGUCAUUCACUUGAUGGUUUAUUGGGUGUAAUGUUCAGAAGGUGCCACUGGAAUGUUAACUAUCAAUAACAGUGAAUAUCUGGUUAAAUGUAUUUUGUCAUGAAAGACAUUGCGAAAUCUGAUUUAGUUAAAGUUUGUUUGACACUUUUUAAAAAUGCUUUUUUUUUUGGUAAAACCCAUCUCCAAUGAAGGUUAAGAUGCUGCAGAUAAGGAAGUUGCAUUUAUAUAGCACCUUUGAUAACCAAGCAGUUGGUUGAUAGCUUGACAGUUAAUAUCCUGAGUGUGUUGGUGGCAAUGAAAUGUAGAAAUUUGCAGCUUCUUGGACUGAGAUUUUUUUUUGGUGGAAUUAAGUCCUAUUGUAAGCUUUGGAGCUCAUUUACAUUUUUUUUGGCAAACUCCAAAAAUGUCCACACUGAUCUCUACUCUACCCUUGUGUUUGAUUGCUGAAGGGCACAAGUGAGAAAGCCAAUCCUGUAAGGCAAAUCUGCAUCCCUGAUUAUCAAUCAGUGCUGCUAAAAUAUAUUUGAAUAAUUAAUUAAACUUUAUUUACACUGUUUGGGAUCUAAACAUGUAGAUAGUCCAUGUACUGGUUUAACUUCUCCGCCAUAUAUGACUGGUGUUACUGUGCAAAGUGAGAAAAGAAACUGCUCUCCAAUGGUUUCAGGAUAAAUAUGAAGUGUGUUUAUGUCACUAAACAUCCCAAGUUUGAUAUGGGGCAUGUGUUAAAUUACCUGGUCUUAUCUGGGGAAGAGAACAGCCAGGAUUCCUCCUCCUAUGGCUAUCCAAUGAGUCAUAUUCAAAAAUCCAACUUUUCAUUCCUGUUGUUGCCUCCCUAAUUUCAGUAAAGGGUUUAAAUUUUGAUUAGGGAGGUGCUCAUAUAACACCUCUAUUUAAAAUGUCAUUGGUGACAUAGAAUUUUUUGUGGGGAUUUUCCUUGGGUUUUCCAUAAGUCAAUUAUGUUUUCCCACAUUAUGAAGCAGUCAUUUCACAGUUGGUAGUACCCAUGCCUCCAAGCCAGAAGGUUUUGGGUUCAAGUCCCACAUUAGACAUUUGAGCACAAAAUCUGGACUGACAUUCCAGUGUAGCACUGGAGGAGUGCUGCGCUGUUGGAUGUGCUAUCUUUUAAAUAAGAUGUUGAACUGAGAUAAAUGCCCUCUCAGGUGGAUGUACAAGCUUCCAUGGGACCUUGCCAUAUGCAAAAUUGGCUUUUGUUUCCUACAUUUAAACUAUACUGUAAAAAAAAAAAGCAUUUAAUUGGUUAUAAAGUGCUUUGGGAUAUUCUGAGGUCAUGAAUGGCACUAUAUAAUUACAAGUUCCUUCAAAUCUGUAUCAUUUUAUUUUGAGAGCACAGAUUAUGGUCUAAAUGGACAGAUUUUUUUUUUCUUUUGCUCACUUCUGCAACUUAGUUAUAUUCAGAGAGUGCUUCUUAUCAACUUUGAAUUGGUAGACUUAAAUAUAAAAUUCUUACAGGCCUCAAUAAAACAAGUCUUGUAUGUCAGCUUUCAAGAGUUUUGUAUCCUUGAUGCUGUGAUUACGGUUUCUGCUGUACUAUUUUAUGCCUUCUGUAUAAUUAAGAAUAACAAUGCAUUUGAUCAAUUCAUUAUGCUUUUGAAAGUAAAAAUUACACUGGGUUGAUAUAUACUCAUUAAAAUAGGAAUGCUGCAUUUGAGAGAGAUCAUAAUUUUUAAUCUGAGAUUGAUAGAUUUUAGUAACAGAUAUGGAGCCAAGGCAAGCCGGGAGUGUUAAGAUAUAACUCAGCCGUGAAUGGUGUAACAGGCUCAAGAGGCCACUAGUGUCGCUAUGAUCAGCGGAUUCAAUCAAGAAUAUUUGUGUGUGAAUAAUGUUUUCUGCCUUCGGAAAUGACUGUUCAAAGAACCAUUUUUUUUGGUUUGCUAACUACUUCAGUUUUCUGCUGGGUGUUUUUGUUCCCCCUACAAAUAUUUUCUUAGCCUUUGUAAAAGAACCUGAAUAAUCAGGAUUUGCCUACUUGAACAUUGAUUUUGUGCCUCAAGUGACUUUCAACUACUUAAGUCGUCAAGUAAUGGCCAAGGAUGCUAAACUGCCUCCGGAGAGCAGCAAAUGAGAGAGUCUGUACACAUCCAAUUCAGAUUUUAAACGACUGAUUUACAGAUCCAUAGUCUUUUUAAUCAAAAUAUGUAUGGGUGCAGAAAUGUUUGAAUUUUGAAAUCUGAAAAUGUAGACUGUAAAUUCUUAAAAUUAUGUAUCUGUUGGUGUAGUUUACUCUGGAAAAUACAUAUAGUUCUGGCUGCA